UUAGUUCAACUCCAAUCAUUUUAGUUUAUUAAACAAAACACGCCCUUAACUACAAUCAUUUUUUUUUUUUUUAAUUUUGGUUAAAAUGAUUAAGUAAAAAGAAAACCCCCACGAAGGCUCAAACCUCAAAAACAGCAGACCCCACAUUCACACCCAUUCAAAAAGCCCAUUUCUCAGCCCAUUUCUUCCACCUCCAUUUCCCCCCUUCAAAAUCUCCCUCUCUCUCCAACCUCACUCUCACUCUCCCCCUGAGUCCUUGACCCCUCUCUCUCUCUCUCCUCCUCCUCCAUGGAUCAACCCCCACCCUCACCCGACCCAAAACCCCAACCCCCACCACAAUGGACCCCACCACUCGACGAACUAACCGACGAUCUCCAAUCCAUGAGCUUCAACUCCACCACUACAACCACCGCACCACGCAGCACCUCCUCCUCCUCCGAAACAACCACCACCACAUGGACCACCGCCUCCUCCUCCCACCACAACCCCCAACCCUCCCUCUCUCUCUCCUCCGACCCCUGGUGGUCCGCCGUGAAAUCCCUCCCUUCUCUCUCCUUCUCCGACCUCCGCUUCCUCUCUCGCCUCGGCUCCGGCGACAUCGGCGCCGUCUACCUCUCCGAAAUCAAAGACAACGACAGCAUCCACUUCGCCGCCAAAGUAAUGGAUAAUCGCGAACUUGCUGCUCGUAAUAAACACGGCCGUGCUAGGGCUGAACGCGAGAUUCUUCAAAUGCUUGAUCACCCCUUCUUGCCUACUCUCUACGCUAGUCUUGACUCCCCUAAAUGGUCCUGUUUGUUGACCGAGUUUUGUAAUGGCGGUGAUCUUCAUGUUCUCCGUCAACGUCAGCCGUUUAAACGCUUCGAAGACUCUGCCGUCAGGUUCUAUGCAUCAGAGGUCGUUGUAGCAUUGGAAUACAUCCACAUGAUGGGUAUAGUAUACCGUGAUCUUAAGCCGGAAAACGUCUUAGUUAGAUCGGACGGCCACAUUAUGCUCACCGAUUUUGAUCUCUCUUUAAAAUGUGAUGAACAAUCUACUCCUACACCACAGAUAAUUACCUCCUCUUCAAACCAAAACUCUCAACAAUCAAACCAAAACCCGAACCUACUUGGUACGGGUCGCGACCCUAGCUCGAACUCUUCUUCAUGCAUCAUACCUAGCUGCAUUGUCCCUUCUGUAUCAUGUUUUAAUCCGAACUGGAAGAAAAAGUGGAAAACAAAGAGAAAACCCGGUCGUAGGUUCGAGCCAGAGUUUUGUGCCGAACCUGUUGAUGUUCGGUCCAUGUCUUUCGUCGGGACCCACGAAUAUCUAGCCCCGGAGAUUGUAUCUGGGGAAGGGCAUGGGAGCGCGGUUGAUUGGUGGACACUUGGCAUUUUUAUAUUCGAGCUUUUUUAUGGAACGACGCCGUUUAAAGGUUCGGAUAAUGAGAUGACAUUAGCAAAUAUUGUGGCUCGGGCAUUGGAAUUUCCAAAAGAGCCCUCAAUCCCAAGCUCAGCGAAGGACUUGAUAUCACAACUAUUAGCUAAGGAUCCGACCCGGAGGUUAGGUUCGGUAAUGGGUGCUACGCCUAUUAAACAACACCCGUUUUUUAGCAACGUAAAUUGGGCGUUGUUACGGUGUAUGAAACCACCAUAUGUACCGCCGCCAUUUAGUGUUUGUAGCGGCGGCUGUAGGGAGGUUGCUUCGGAUGAUAGUUGUCCUGAUACACCUGUGGAGUAUUAUUAGUGAAUAAUUAGUGAUAACAUAUUGGUAAAUUAUAUUUUUAAUGAAAUGGUAUAAUUUUCAUUAUUACUA